GAAAAGAGAAAGGGUUGCUAAAACUAAAAGGGAAAAGAGAAUAAGAAAAAGAAGAGAAAUGCUGGGUUUCCAUUUUAUUGUAAAAGAAUAUCUAGUGUCCCUCCUUUGUUCCAUAUCCAUUUACCUUAACUUCCACUUCUCACACAGACAAGCAAUUAUCAUCAUCACCUCUCCAAUUCUCUCUGUUCUCAUCAGCUCCAUUUUUGUAUAACACCAAGUUCCCAGUUCGCAACAAGACACGGUCACAGUAUAUUUAUAUAAAACACUUGUUUAGAAAUCAUCAUACCAAAAAAUAUAUAUAUAUUAUACCAAUCACAUAUUGAACACAAAUUAACAGAGCGAUACAAAAAUGGGAAGAGGAAGAGUUGAACUGAAGAGGAUAGAGAACAAGAUCAACCGGCAAGUCACUUUCUCGAAAAGAAGAAAUGGGUUGUUGAAGAAAGCUUACGAGCUUUCUGUUCUCUGCGAUGCUGAAGUUGCCCUUAUUAUCUUCUCUAGUCGUGGCAAGCUUUAUGAAUUUGGUAGUGCUGGAACAACCAAAACCCUCGAGCGGUAUCAACGUUGCUGCUUCACUCCCCAAGAUAACAGCAUUGAACGUGAGACACAGAGCUGGUACCAAGAGGUAGCGAAGUUGAAGGCAAAGUAUGAAUCUCUUCAACGCACUCAAAGGCAUUUGCUUGGAGAAGAUCUUGGCCCGCUGAGCGUCAAGGAACUGCAAAAUCUUGAGAAACAACUUGAAGGAGCUCUUGCACUGGCUAGGCAAAGAAAGACUCAGAUAAUGAUUGAGCAAAUGGAUAGUUUAAUUUGUCAGGAGCGUCACCUUGGAGACUUAAACAAGCAACUGAAAUUUAAGCUGGAAGCAGAAGGACAAAGUCUUAAGGCCAUCCAAGAAAUUUGGAAUUCUGGUGCAGCAGAUGGAAAUGGCAACUUUGGCUUGCACACUUCUCAAUCCAACCCCUUGGACUGCGAUCCUGGACCUGUCCUACAAAUUGGGUACCGUCACUAUGUUCAAGCUGCAGAAGGAUCUUCUGUUGGCAGAACUAUGGUUAAUGAGACUAACUUCAUCCAGGGAUGGGUCCUUUGAACUCUUCAUGAUCAGUUUAACCAAUAUAUAAUAAUAAUAAUAAUAAUAUAUAUUUUUGGUUUUUUGUAUUGGGAUUUAUGAUGUUUACAUGUACAUGUAAGACAUGAAAAAUGCUUACCAGCUAGCCACUUUGUAGUCCUGGAUUUAUAAGACAUUAAAUUUUCAGAUGUUCCCAAUCUAAAUAGAAUCCUUUUGAUCA